CUCCCCUUUGUCGCCCUCGUUUAUUAUGCCUUGAUUGUAUAUAUUGCGCCCCCGGUUGACGUGCUCUCGAGAAUGAGCUUUAGCAGGAAGCGUGUGGCGUUGGCCUGUAAUUUCUGUCGCAGCCGUAAGCGACGAUGUGAUGCUCAGAAGCCCUCGUGUUCCACUUGCUCCGAAUUAGAAGUCGAAUGCCACUACGAUGACUUGCCAUCCCAGAGAAUCGAUACGUCGGGGGGAACCCGGGAGAUCCUCAGUCGCCUACGUGACAUCGAAUCCCUUCUUGAAAGCCAGUCUGAGAAAAUAGCCGCGCUUUCCAACGGAUCGAACGCACCUUAUCCUCAUAGCCAUAGUGCAGCCACCCCACAAAGCCAAUCGUCCGUGCCGAUGACCGGAGUGCAAUCCACAACAGGCAUACAGUCUGCUUCAUGGCCGUAUCCAGGGCUGGAUGUACAGUCGGAACUAGCGAAACUGCCUCCGUUGACAAUACCAGUCAAACAUAAGACAUCCUCCAGCUACCUGCUGAGCUUGCCGUCCAUGAAAGCACUAAUCGGAGAAUACCCGCCAGACCUGUUCUUCUUGCUGGAAUCAAGGAGUCAAUUGCCACCAGAACUGGCAUUUGAGAAUUUCUCAAUGCCUAGACCACAAUUAAAUAUCAGACGAGAAGUAGCCGACGACCUAGUGUCAACGUUUUUUGCGUUGGCGCACCCGAAUCACCCGAUCCUGGAGCAGGCCGAAUUUGAGGAGAUAUACAAUCAGUUCAUGAAAGAUGGCCCCGACUCCAGUAUUGCGUCUGCACUCUGUAUGUCCGUGCUGGCUCUCGGGGCUGUCGCUGCUUCUCCUCUCAAGGCUCCGGAAUUUAAAACAUCACCCCCAGGCAUGGAAUACAUGCAACAUGCACUUCCCACCCUCAUAUCGCAGUCGUCAUGGUCGUUCUCGUACAACCUUCUGCUACCACAAGCUUUGGUUUUUGCCAGUGUUUAUUUUGCGUACAUUGUUCGACCACUGCAGAGCUGGAGACUCAUUUACUCGGCUUCUACAAUUCUCCAGUUCAAGCUCUCAGGAAUGGAUGCGCGGGAAGAAGGCCCAAAUUGGCGUGAGAGUAUCAUCCGCCUCUUUUGGUCUUGCUUUCUUGUCGAGUGUGACCGCCUAGCAGAGUUGGAGCUACCACGAAGUGGACUGCAGCAGCUGACUGACGAAGUUAGCCUUCCUAGAUGUUCCAAUCUUGGUCUUAUGCAAUCGACCUGCUAUUUGGCCGAAAUAUCAAUUCGUCGACUACUCAAUCGAAUCCACAACUCACUAUAUCCCAGCAAGAUGCAUCUCUUGACUCUUUCAUCUACAACUCUGAUGACUCCGGACGAGUUCUCGAUCGAAGAUGUGACUUCCAUGAUCAACGUGUCUGAUGAGCUACACGCACAGCUCAAAAUGUGGCACUCCUCGAUACCAGAGGCCUUUCGCCCAGUCCUGGGGAUGGGAAUCCCCUUAAACCCCACAAAUCCUCGCGAGGCAAUUCUCCGAAUCCGGUACUUUGCUGCGCGACACAUUAUUUAUCGACCGUUUGUGUUGUAUAUUGCCACACACGGGGUUGGAGGAACAACCGAGUCCAUGAUAGAGAAAGCAGGCAUUUGCAUCGAGAGCUGUCGGUACUAUAUCCACAACACCUCACAAGUCAUGACCCAGCCAAGCCAAUACACUUGGACGUUCUCCUUAUCAACCUUGGGUGCCAUUGUGGUUCUCACGCUCGCUUCUCUUAGUGUUGAUCUGCGGCAUUUUGUCCCCGACAUUGACGAGCUUCAACAACGGGCGAUCAAUAAUAUACGUCCGUGGGCAUUUUCGAGUCUUGAAGCUGUUAUUAUCAUUCUUGAGGAUAUACAGAGAAAACAACGAUUGAUAUCACGUGUUUAA